AUGUCGAUCACUAACACCGAUAUCUCAUAUUCCGAUAAAAACCCCUUUCUUGAUCCAGAGGUCGCAGAGUACUGGCGGUUAACAUAUGAAAAGUCACAGUAUGAAUGUCGACAUGUGUUUGAUCCAGCUUUGACAUGGUCUGAGGAAGAGGAGAGAAAAUUGGUUCGGCGACUAGACUGGAGGGUUUGUUUAUGGGCGUGCGUGAUGUUUUUUGGACUGCAAGUGGAUCGAGGCAAUCUAACCCAAGCCGUAUCUGACACAUUUCUUGACGACCUUAAAUUGAAUACGAAUGACUACAAUUGGGGAAACACAGUCUUUCGGCUUGCUUUUUUGUUUGCCGAAUUACCUUCACAGCUUGUAUCGAAAAAGAUCGGGCCAGAUCGGUGGAUUCCAACUCAGAUUGUCCUAUGGUCAAUCGUCGCCAUCUCACAAUGCGCAUUGACUGGUCGGCGCUCUUUUCUUGUCACACGAGCUUUACUAGGUGUUCUCGAAGGGGGUUUUAUUCCCGACAUUGUGCUAUGGCUGUCCUAUUUCUACACUUCUAGAGAGUUACCCAUCCGCCUGAGUUUCUUCUGGGCGACAUUAUCUUUCACUUCAAUUGUUACUUCGCUGCUGGCUUUUGCCAUUUUUCAUCUUAGCGGUGUUCAUGGCUGGGCAGGUUGGCGAUGGUUAUUUCUCAUCGAAGGAUUAAUUACUCUCGCUGUUGGUUUGGUAUCGUUUUUCAUGAUGCCUGCCUCCGCUGUUCAGACCAAGACAUGGUUCCGUCCUCAUGGAUGGUUCAACGAUCGCGAGGUCGCUGUUGUUGUGAAUCGAGUCCUACGAGACGACCCUUCCAAAGGGGACAUGCAUAAUCGCCAAGCAAUUACACCACAAAGACUAUGGGAUGCAGCAACAGAUUAUCAUCUGUGGCCAUUGUAUCUUAUCGGCUUCUUAGCAUAUAUCCCACAAUCACCUCCUAGUACAUAUAUUACGUUAACGCUACGUUCAGUCGGAUUCAGUAAAUUUUCCACAAAUUUACUAACAAUUCCAUACAACGUCCUUCACAUAGGGACCCUACUCCUUUUAACACGGCUCUCCGGAUGGUUGAAUGAAAAAACCUUAGUGGCCAUGUUACAAGGGAUAUGGACUUUGCCUUGUAUCAUCGCCUUACGUUUUUGGCCCAAUGUCAUUGAUGACGCAUGGGGCACGUAUGCAUUGGUUACGGUGUUACUCAGUUAUCCUUAUUGCCAUGCGAUUCUUGUCGGAUGGACAUCUACAAACUCUAACAGUGUUGGGACGCGCUCCGUCUCUGCCGCACUAUACAAUAUGGCUGUCCAAGUUGGCGACAUUGGUGCGUUUUUCGUCUAUCGCGAAGAUGACAAACCAAAAUACCAUCGCGGAAACACUAAUCUAUUAAUCAUCAACAUCGUUGUUAUUUUCGUCUUUCUCGGAACAAAACUAUACUAUGUUUAUCAGAAUCGGCGAAGAGAUCGUAUUUGGAAUGCCAUGACUGGUGAUGAAAGAAACAACUAUAUCAAAACGACCAAGGAACGUGGAAGUGCGAGGCUAGAUUUCCGAUUUGUUCAUUGAAGUAGCAGGCACACUGAAGCGAAAGGGAGCGGAUAGCGCUAAAAAGGGAAUCCAGAGUCAUCAUCUAUGGAGUUUCACCAUUCGAACCGUUCCUUUGAUAGAUAGAUGUUUUUUGUAUAC